CCUUCUUCCUCAUCAACAAUUCUUCAAAAAUUAGUUUUGUUUGAGAGGAAGAAAUCGAUUAAGAAUGGCUGCAAAGAGCUCCGCAACGCUUGCCUUUUUCCUCUCACUCAACCUCCUCGUCUUUUCCCUGUCUAGUGCAGCGACCUUGCCUAAGCCUAUCCCAAGCCCUUUGGUUGGCAGCCCUUCAGUUGACAGCCCUUCGGGUGGCACUUGCCCAUUUGGUGUCCAAAAGCUAGGCGCCUGCGGCAACCUGCUGGAAGGCCUCACUGGCGUUACGAGUGGUAUCCCUCCAAAGGAGCCAUGCUGCUCUCCUAUCCAGGGGCUCAUUGACCUGGAGGCUGCUGUUUGCAUCUGCGCUGCGAUUAACGCAAACGUGCUUGGUAUCAUCAAUCUCGACGUCAAUGUCGCUCUCACCUUGCUCAUCAACGUUUGCGGGAAGAAUGUCCCUCAGGGUUUCCAAUGUGCUUAAGCAGUAUGUGCGUGGUAAGGCUUUAAACUAUGAAUUGAAUAUUGUGCGUCACAAAUUGAAGUGGGUUUAAUAAGCUUGGUUUUCCCAAGUCAACAGCGCUAUUGUCUGAGUAUAUUUUGUGGUGUUGGUCAUAGUCUAUUCAGUAAAUAAAACAUCGUUGGGACCCGAUGUGAUAGUGUCAUUUGCAUUUACGGGUGUAAAAGAUAA